AAAUUAUUUGAAGACAAAAAUAUUCGCAAGGAAGAAUCCAUCUCCACCACACUUCACUCUCCCCGCCGUUGACCGCCGUGUUGAAAAAUGAAUAACUCAUCACCACCAUCUCUUCACCAUCCCUAAUGUGUCAGUGAAUGAUUCAAGUUCAUGCAUUCAAACAACCAAUGAAAAUGAAUCAUUAUUUUUUCUGAAAAACAUCAAAUUUUUUUAGCCAUUGUUACCUUUUUUUUUUGUCGAAAUGCGAAUGAAGUUUCCCAACAAAAUUUUUACCUUAAUCCCUCCGAAGAAUCUUCGACCAUUUUCACAACUCUCCACCACUACCCCACCAACACAGCAUUUUCCCGAGAAAAUUAUUUCAUCCCCUAAUUUACCCGAGAAAAUUAUUUCAACUAAAUCUCAAUCCUCCAAACCCAGUUCUCAAAAUAAAAGCUUGAACACCCUCUUACGCUAUAAGUCCAAACCCAAAUCAGCUCUUAAAUUCUUCCAAAAUGUUGAAAGAAGACGAGGGUUUGUUAAAACCGUUGAUGUUUUCUGUUUAUUGCUUCAGAUUCUAUCUUCAAAUCAAGAAACUCACGGUUAUGUUCAAUUGUUGGUUUACAACUAUGUUUCUGGUAAUGCUAUUCCUUGUGCAAAAGUAAUUGUGGAACAGUUGUUGGAGUGUUCAGGAAGGUAUGGUUUUGAAUCGGAUUUGCGGGUUUUUAACCAUUUUUUGAGAAAUUUUGUUGAAGUUGAUAAGAUUACAGAUGCUGUUGAGUGUUUUAGAACUAUGUUAGAGCAUGAUGUGUAUCCUCGGAUUUCGAUUGUUAGGACGCUUUUGACUGCUAUGGUUAGGAGGAACAUGAUUAGUGAUGCACGCGAAUUGUAUGAUGAAAUGGUUGAGAGAGGUAUAGGUAAUGAUUUUUACACUUUACAUUUACUUAUGCAUGCGUGUUUGAAUGAGGGGAAAUUUGAGGAGGCUGAGAAGUUUUACGAGGAGGCUAAGGUUAGAGGGUUGAAGCUUAAUGCAGCUUCAUAUAGCAUUGUUGUUCAGGUGGCUUGUAAUCGGCUGGACUUGAAUUUGGCGUGUGAGUUGUUGAAGGAGAUGAGAGAGUUGGGGUGGGUGCCGUGUGAGGGUACGUAUACUGCUGUUAGUCUUGCUUGUGUUAAGCUGGGAAAUGUUGCGGAGGCAUUGAGGCUUAAGGAUGAGAUGGUGAGCCGUACUAACUUAGUUGUUGCAUCUAGCUUGAUGAAAGGGCAUUGUGUGCGAGGAGAUGUGAAUCUUGCGCUGCAGUUGUUUGAUGAGAUUGUUGAGGGUGGUGUUGUUCCUAAUAAGGGUAUGUUCUCACUUUUGAUCAAUUACUGCUCAAAGAUUGGGAAUAUGGAGAAGGCAUGUGAACUUUACACCCAAAUGAAACUCUCGGGAAUCCAGCCUACUGCCGCAAUUGUAAAUUUUCUGUUGAAAGGAUUCUGGAAACAGAAUUUGGUCGAAAAUGGAUUGCUUGAUUUGCUCGAAAAUGCAUACGGAUUGCUUGAUGAGGCAGUUGAACUUGGUAUCACAAAUAACAUUCUUUUAUUGUGGCUCUGUGAAAUGGGAAAGGUUAAUGAGGCUUGUAAUUUAUUGGACAAGAGGAUGAGUAAGGGUAUUACACCUUCAUUAGUUUCUUACAACCACUUAAUACUUGGUCACUGCAAAAAGGGUUGCAUGGACGAUGCCUAUAGUGUGUUGAAUAAUAUUCUUGAAAGGGGUUUGAAACCAAAUGCUAUCACAUACACUCUUUUAAUAGAUGGUUUUUUCAAAAUGGGUGAUUCAGAGAGAGGCUUUGCUGUGUUUGAGCAAAUGAUGGCUGCAAAUAUUGCGCCUCCAGACCACACAGUGAACACCGUUAUAAAUGCUUUGUGUAAGACCGGCCAGGUGUCUAAGACACAGGACAAGUUGAACGAUUUUAUCAAGAAAGGUUUUGUUCCCACCGUCAUUACUUAUAAUAGCAUCAUAGAUGGAUUUGUCAAGGAAGGUGAAAUUGAUUCUGCACUUGCUGCCUACCGGGAGAUGUGCGAAAAGGGAAUUUCUCCUAAUAUUAUCACUUAUACUAGUUUGAUUAAUGGAUUUUGCAAAUGUAAUAAGAUUGAUCGUGCUUUGGAAAUGCAUAAUGAUAUGAAACACAAGGGUAUGGAACUAGAUGUUAUUGAAUAUGGUGUUCUCAUUGAUGGUUUAUGUAAAAUGCAAGACAUGGAAAGUGCAAGCAAAUUCUUCACUGAACUUUUGGAUGUUGGUUUGACUCCUAAUGCAGUUGUUUAUAACAGCAUGAUUAGCGGCUUCCGACAUUUGAAUAAUAUGGAAGCAGCACUUAACUUGCACCAGAAAAUGAUAAUGAAUAACAUUCCAUGUGAUUUGCAGAUAUACACCACAUUGAUCAGUGGGCUUUUGAAAGAAGGCAAAUUGAGUUUUGCUUUAGAUCUUUACUCAGAGAUGCUUUCCAAGGGUAUCGUGCCUGAUACUGUCAUGUAUACAGCUCUAAUAAAAGGACUCUGUGAUCAUGGUCAACUAGAAAAUGCAAGCAAGAUUCUAAAGGAGAUGGAUCGGAAUAAUAUAACUCCUUCAGUUCUUGUUUAUAACAUUUUAAUUGCUGGAAAUUUUAGGGAGGGCAAUCUGCAAGAGGCUUUUAGACUGCAUGAUGAGAUGCUUGAUAAAGGUCUUGUGCCUGAUGAUACUACUUAUGAUAUUCUUGUAAAUGGAAAGCUCAAGGUAUCACAUACUCUUGCUGGAGUUUAAUUCAAAUGUAUUCUAUUGCAAAUGAGUCUUGCAGAAAGUUAUUGAAUGACUUGAAAUUAUUACCGGUGUCAACAUGUCAGUAUCAGUAUUGUGUUUGUGUCUAUGUCGGUGCUUCAUACAUUUUGUAUCUUAUAGACCUAGAAAUGUGGACCAAAACUCUGUUCACGACGUCUUCCA